UUCCGCCAUUUAAAGCGUACAGUUCAGCGGGGUUUACCCCGAGCUGUGCAGAUAUCGCCACAACCUAAUUUAGGGCGAUUCCAUCCCUCUCCCCAAACGCACUCCUUCCAGUGAUCCGCACUCUGACGGCGCUGCGCCGCGGGACCGGGCCGCCAGGGGGCGCCGCGACCCAGCCCUCAGCUGCGCCUGCGCAAGCGCCGCGCGCGAGCCCGAGAGCGAACCCACCGAGCGCGCGCCCGCCCCGUGGAGUGCGCCUGCGCGGAGCCCGUGGCCGCGCCAGCUCCCGCAGGGGGCUCGUCGCUGGGCGGCCGGGCUAUGGGGGAGGCUGAGGUGGGCGGCGGCGGCGCGGCGGGCGACAAGGGGCCGGGGGAAGCGGCCACCAGCCCUGCCGAGGAGACGGUGGUGUGGAGCCCCGAGGUGGAGGUGUGCCUCUUCCACGCCAUGCUGGGCCACAAGCCCGUCGGUGUGAACCGGCACUUCCACAUGAUCUGUAUCCGAGACAAGUUCAGCCAGAACAUCGGGCGGCAGGUCCCAUCCAAGGUCAUCUGGGACCACCUGAGCACCAUGUAUGACAUGCAGGCACUGGCACCAUGGCCUUUGCUCACGGCUGUCGCGGGCCCUGAAGGCGCUCUCCUGGAGGGGGAGCCCAUGCAGCCAGGCCACACCGGCAUGACAGCACUGCCUGACUCUGCCCCCGGAGGCGUGCCAGCCGGCGGAGCGGCCCCAGCAUCAUCUCAGCAUGAGUCUGAGAUUCUUCCAUUCCCAAAUCCAGAGAGGAACUUCGUCCUUCCAGAAGAAAUCAUUCAAGAAGUCCGAGAAGGAAAAGUGGUCAUUGAGGAGGAUACGAACGAGGAAAUGAAGGAAGACGUGGACCCCCACAAUGUGGCCGAUGAUGUUUUUUCAUCUUCAGGAAGCUUGGGGAAAGCAACAGAAAAGUCCAGUAAAGACAAAGACAAGAGCAACUCAGACUUGGGGUCCAAAGAGGGGCCGGACAAGCGGAAGCGCAGCCGGGUCACCGACAAAGUCCUGACCGCCAACAGCAACCCCUCCAGCCCCAGCGCGGCCAAGCGGCGCCGGACGUAGACGCUCACGGCAGGCGGGCACCGUGGUCACCAGGCAGUCGGCGGGUCAAAUGCCACUGGGCCUGCUGCCUGCCCUCAGGUGCCAGAGGCUCCCGCGGUGCCACUCAGAUCGCCUGGGCUCAGAUGGCCCCUGACGACCGGAACAGGACCCGUUCAGAUGCUGAGACCCGAGAGGUGUGAGCCCAGGCCACGAUCACGCCGGACACUCGUGGCUUCGUGACGACAGCUGAGCUGCGCCUGUGGCUAAGCGUUGGCACGGGCCUGCAAACCAGGCUGCGUGGGCAGAGAGCGGGGCACAGCCAGCAAUAACACACCGACCCCCUCUGUGCUCUGAGGAGCCCCAGUCUUCCCGUUCGUCCAUCUGUCCAUCUGUCUACCGCUGUCAACCGACUGCGGCCUCAGGAGAGCGUCAGGCCGCGGGCGCCGGCCCCUCCACCACCCGAGAGACUGAGAACUGGGUGUUUUGCCUCACUCACUUGUACUGUAACGAUGUAUAUAAUUUGGUUGGUGUUUCACUAUUUAAUUUUUAAGGAGCCUAUUUUACUAGUGUUUUAUAUGAAAAAAAAUACUGCAGAAGUUAAA